AGUCUUGGAUUGGCCAAAAUGGCGGCAGCACGAAGUGCGCGGCGAGGGAUUGCCGCCGUGACGCUGGACGCGACGGGGACGCUCUUCCGCCCGCGGGAAGCCAUUGGGACGGCGUACCUCAAGCACGUCGUCGCCGUCUGCGGCCCGCCUCCACCGCCAGCAACCGGGUCGUACGAGGCUGCGAUCACGGCGGCGUUCCAGCAGUCGUUCCGCGCCGAGCUCGCUGCGUCCCCAAACUUUGGCCAUGUGCAUUCGGCGACGACCGCGCAGCCGUGGUGGGGCCGCGUCAUCUUUGCGACGUUUCCGCCCGCGCUGCAGGCGCAUGUCGGGUCUCGCAAGGACGAGCUUCUCUCGACGCUCUAUUCGCACUAUGCAACGCGAGCUGCCUGGGAGGUCUAUGACGACGUUCACCCGGCGCUGCGCUCGCUCCAAGAGCGUGGCGUGCCCAUGGGUGUCAUCUCCAACUUUGACGAGCGGCUCGAGUCCAUCCUUGAGACGCUCGACUUGCGUGGGUACUUUGACUUUGUCUUGACGUCCUGGGACCAUGGCGUCGCCAAGCCAGACGCUAGCAUCUUUCAUCGCGCGGCCGAGUUGCAUGGAAUCACCGACGUCGAUGGUCGUGCGAUGCUGCACAUCGGCGACGAUGCGACCAACGACCUCUUUGGUGCCAGAGCCGCGGGGUACUCGGGCGGCCUCGUCGAUCGCGGCCGUGCCGUGACCUUGACGCAGUUGUUGCAGGAGCACUGAAUGGAAAUAAUAUUGAAAAAUGGUUUCGAAAGACUC